AGGCCUUAAAGCUCUAAAUGCCAUUCCAUAAGUAGACCAUAAACCAACAUUAUAAAAUCCAAGAAGAUAAACUAAACCCCCCACCACCACCACCAACAACAACAACACAAAUUUCCUCAUCAAUAUCCAAACAAUAACUUCAACCAACAAAUGGCGGGAAGCGGCAACGAUGGCAAGGCAAAGGCGGUGAUCCCAACAAUCGACCUGCUAGACUUCCCGGCGCAGUCGAAAAAACUGGUGGAGGCGUGCGAGGAGUGGGGGUGUUUCAGGGUCGUGAAUCACGACCACAUCUUGCCCGCGUCGCUCAUGGAGGAGAUGAAAGAAAUGACCAAGUCUCUCUUCGAUCUCCCAAAGGAGAUCAAGAAGAGAAACAAGGACAAUGUCCUUGUGGGGAGUGGGUACGUGGCCCCAACGUUUUGGCGCCCGCUCUAUGAAGCGCUUGGGCUCUAUGAUAUGACCUCUCCUCAUGAUGUUGAGCGCUUUUUUAAUGACUUGGAUCUCUCACCACACCAAAGAGAGAUAAUAGUGAAGUAUGGCAAAGGUGUGGAAGGAGUGAUGAGGGAGGUGAUGAAGCAACUAUGUGAAGCCGUGGGCGUGAAAAGGGAACAACAUGUUGAUGAGUGGUGUUGGCAAUUGAGACUGAACAAGUACCAUUUUACCCCCGAGGGCGUAGGCUCCCCGGGAGUGCCGAUACACACAGACGCCGGAUUCCUCACCCUCCUCCAAGACGAUGAAAGCGUUGGGGGGCUCGAGGUCAUCUCUAGAUCCGGCGAAGUCGUGGUUGUUGACCCCGUGCCCGGUUGCCUCCUCCUUAAUCUCGGUGAUGUGGCUGUUCUUUGGAGCAAUGGGAGAUUUUGCAACACGAGGCAUAGCGUGAUGUGCAGACAAGGGAGCGUUCGGUACUCAAUAGUGUCCUUCUUUCUGGGUCCAAAAGAGGGCGUGGCGGUGGAGCCGCAGCCGGAGUUUGUGGACCCCACUCACCCGCCGAUGUAUCUUCCGGCCACCUACUUCCAACUCCGCAAGUUCCGGAUGGAAAACAACAUGCACGACGGCGAGGUUCUUGAACUUGUGCGCGCUCCUGCUCCGGCGGCCACCCCUGCUGAACCUGAAAAAUAAUUGUACUCUCCCGCGUCCGGCCGCGACGGAGUCGGUCCUCAUGUGAUGUCAUAUGUUUAAGUUUAUUUUGGUUUUUAAUAAGCUUUGCUUCAUAAG